GUUUUUGUUCAAUAUUUUUAUUUUAUAUAUUUCUAAAAAAAUUAAAAUAAAAUAAUCUUACAAAAUGAAUUCAUCAAAUCAGCAAAUUUGGUUAUUUUUACUUGUGGUUAUAGGAUGUAUUCAUAUCAACACAGCAUUUGCAGCGAGACAAAAACGUCAAUUAGUUCUAGGAUUUGCAAAUUCAUCACAACUAACGACAGAAGCUCCUAGUUUAUUAGGUACCACUGGUGAAUCAUCGGGAUCACUGGGUGAUUUAAUUAAUAAUUUGAUGGGGUCGUCUGACGAUACAGGAUCAUCAGAGGAUACAACUACAUCAACGACUACAACUACAACAACAACGACGACGACAACAACCACCACCACCACUGAAGCUCCAGAUACAACAUCAUCAACAACAACUGAAGCUUCAGAAACAACUACAACAACCGGAUCUACAACUGACUCUACAGGGUCUACAGAAUCUACUACUGAUUCUUCAGGAUCUACAGAAGCAAAUGAUCAGACAACAACAGAAUCUUCUGGAGGAGGUCUUGAUGGCUUUCUCAGUAGUUUAUUCGGUGGGUCAUCUGAUGACUCUUCAGAGUCAGAAUCAACAACUGACUCUUCAGGAUCUACAGAAUCUACCACUGAUUCUUCAGAAACCACAACUGACUCUUCAGGAUCUACAGAAUCUACUACUGAUUCUUCAGGAUCUACAGAAUCUACCACUGAUUCUUCAGAAACCACAACUGACUCUUCCGGGUCUACAGAAUCUACUACGGAUUCUUCAGGAUCUACAGAAGCAAAUGAUGAGACAACAGAAGGUAACACCGGUAAUAAUGGAUUAUUUUCAUGGAUUGGCGAUACUUUUGCUGGAAUUCCUUUGCUCGGAGGAAUUAUUGCUUCACCGUUUUACAUGACUGGUAGUAUACUUGGUAUAUUUGCUGGAUUUUUAGGCUGAGAAGCAAACAAUUACUUGAAUAUUUUUAGGUUGAAGUUAUCAUAGAUUCAAAGAAUAUAUUUUAUAAAAUAGUUCAAAACUAUUUAGUCAAUAAUGUAAAGUUAAAAAAUAAAUGAACAUAAAUCUGUUUUUAAUUUCUUCAUCAAUCA